AUGUCGCUGUCCCCCCACGCUUCCUCCGACCAGUCCGAGGGAUCGACUCCGUACACAUCCCAGUCGCCGUUGAUCGUCGUGCCGGCUGGACGCCCGGCCCCCGAGCAGCCGAUCGAUCUGACCGGCGCACCCCAUGAGCCGGUAUCGAUCUUGGCCAAUGCCGGGGCCGGGGCCGGGGCCGGCAGCGGCGGCAACAGCAGCGGCGCCGGCACCGGUGCCGAUGGCGGCGGCCAUGGAGCUGGCAGCCAUGCAGCGGCUGGCCGCCCGCGCGUGACCUUCGCCGAGCCCGAGCCCGAGCCCGCCGGCCUGGUGGUCGACGCCUUCUCCGACGAGGAUGACUUCCUUGAUGACGAGGAGGAUGCCUUUUACGAGGAGGACCUGCACGAUGGCUUUGACCCUGGCCACAGCUCGGGCGACGAGUCGGACGAGCCUCCCUGCGAUUGCGCACAUUCCGGCGAUCCGAACCAGGUGCGCGCCCGUGGCGAUCUACACCGGCAUGGCCCAGCGAGCGCCGGCACUGGCGCUGCCCGGUCGCUGGUCCCCUGGGCCGGGUCAUCCUCGCGCGCCGCCACCGACACGGUGGCCCAAGCACCGCGCGUUAUUUUCAUCGGGUCCAUCGGCGACGGCUCGGCCGACCAGCAGGCCACAUUCCACCUGGCCAGCCUGCUGUCCUUGUCCUGGUGGAUGAGCAUCAUGUCCUGGUGCUGGGCCCGGCCGGAGGACCAGAUCGAGCCCUCCUCGCUGGCGAUGCCGCACCCGCAGAACUCCAACUUCGUGCAGAAUGCCGUGUCCACCAGUAAGUACACCAUCCUCACCUUCCUGCCGAAGUUCCUCUUCGAGCAGUUCGGCCGAGCGUCCAACUUCUUCUUCCUCGUGUGUGCCUGCCUCACGCUGGUGCCGAAUGUCGGUGUCAUCAGCCCGGCCCUGGCCGCGGCGCCGCUGCUCGUUGUCAUUGUCCUGUCGGCCUUCAAGGAGCUCAUCGAGGAUUUCCUGCGCUACUGGGCCGAUCGCCAGACCAACCGUCGUCCCGUCAUGGUUCUCCGUCAGGGGCAAUUUGUGCCGGUCCGCUCGGGAGCCAUCUGCGUGGGGGACACCCUUUGCCUGGCCAAGGACGACGCGGUGCCCGCGGACAUUGUGCUUAUCUCCACCUCCGAGCCGCAGGGCGUCUGCUUUGUCGAGACAGCCUCGAUCGAUGGCGAGACCAACCUCAAGAUUCGCAGCGCCCUGCCCAUCACGCACCGGCUGAAGCGCCUGGACCAGUUUUCCCGCCUGGCCGGAUCCAUCCAGUGCGAGCAGCCCAACAGCCGGCUGUACACCUUCUCGGGGCUGGCAGAGCUGACGCUGCAGCCGCGCGCCGGUGGCGGCCAUGCCCCGGCGCGCGAGCACCACGAGCACCAUGGCGCCAGCCCGCCCCUUGGCCCGGGGCCGGCGGCCGGCGAUGGCGCCUCGGCCUGCGCGUCUCCCACCAUGCCCGGCUCUCCGGGCAGCAAUGUGCCCGGGACGCCGGGCCGGAGCCCGCGCCUGCCCACGCGCUCGGUGUCCUUGCGUGCCCAGCGGCCGGUGGCAUCGCCCAGCCGCCGUGGCCGGUCUGUGGAUCUCUCCGGCCGGGCUGGCAGCGAUCUGGACUUCCUGACCGGCCCGCCGCCGGUGGAGGCCGGUGUGUCCGGGGCCAGCCCGCCCCUUGCCCCGGGUCCGGCGCAGCUGCUGCUCGAUGGCCCGAGCGCCGGGCCCGGCGGGUCGGUGGCCUCGCCGCGGGCCCCGGCCACCGACAUGGACGCCCCGCAUGCCGGGCCGGGCGCCCUGCGCAUUCAGAUCCCCGCCUCGCCCACUGGUGGCCGUGGGCCGGAGACCGGCGGCGGGCCGCUGCCAGUGGCUUCGGCCGCACCGACCCCGGUGGCGUCGGCCCUGCCGCCCACCACGCCGCUGGCCCCGGCCGGCGGCGACAAUCGCAAGCUCAUCGAGCCCUACAAUGUGGUGCUACGGGGGAGCCACAUCCGCAACACGGCCUGGGCCGUGGGCAUCGUCGUGUAUGCCGGCCAGGAGACCAAGCUCUUCAAGAACAGCGCCGCCGCCCCGAUCAAGGAGUCCAGCCUGCAGCGGCGCCUUAACCACAUGGUUUUGUUGAUGUUCCUGUGCAUUGUCAUCCUGGCCAUCAUCCUGACAGUGACGCGUGCUUCGACCGAUCGCAUCCGCGGCCGGCCCUGGUACCUUGGCCAGCGUACGGCCAACCCCGGGACCGAUGACACGGCCAUCGUCUACACGCUGCGGGCGAUUCUCCUUCUGCAAAACAUGAUUCCCCUGACGCUGUUCUUCCAGCUGGAAAUUGCCCGUUUCAUUCAGGGAUUCCUGAUUGCCAAAGACCCGGCCUUGCGGGCACCGGCGCUGCCCCCCCCGGCCGAUGGAUCCCCGGCCCCGCCUCCGCCAUACCCUCCAUCGAAGGCCAGCACCACCAACCUCAAUGAGCAGCUCGGGCAGGUGGAGCACAUUUUCUCCGACAAGACCGGCACCCUGACGCGCAAUAAGAUGGUCUUCCAGCGCUGUGUCAUCGACGGCCUGGUCUUUGGCGGCCCGUACGCCGACGAGGGGAGCUUCAUGCGGGCUCCCUACUUCGAUCGGAGCUCCAUCCUGGAUGCCAUCCAAGGCACGCCGUAUGUGCCCCCCUCGAGCAUGGGGUCGCAAGUUUUGGCCGGCACCGGCCGGCCGCGGUCCGAGUCGAUCUCCUCGCGCGUGGCCCGGCCGUCGGUGGUCGAUGCCUUCAUGGUGGCACUUGCCGUGUGCCAGACGGUCAUCCCGGAGGAUGUGUCCCUGUCGGCUGCCGAGCAGGAAAAGACCCCGAGCCCGGCCGACCCGCCGGUCCGGCCGUCGGUGGCCAGCCCCGGGGAUGGGCCUGGCGGCCUGUCCCUGCCGCCGCCCCCGGUCACCGGGGCCGGGGGCAGCAGCGCCAGCGUGUCCAUCCCCAUGGGCGACCUGUCGGCCCCCGGGGCGGCCUCCUCGGGCGCCAGUCCAGCCGGAUCAGUGGCUUCCUUGGCUUCGGGGGCUUCUCGCGGGUCCGGGUCCCUGACCGGCGCGGGUCCCGGCGGCGGGGCCGAUGGCGACGGGGGCCUGGCCCUGGUGGCCGGGGCCGAGGCCGAGGAUGGCUUGCUCCAGGCCCCGGGGAUGAUCAAUUACCGGGCCUCCUCGCCGGAUGAGGAUGCCCUGGUCCGGGCGGCCCGGUCCUGUGGGUACUUCUUCCACAAGCGGGAAAUCGAUGUGGCCUUCGUGCGGGUGGGGGGCAUCCUGCCGCCGGAUCGCGCGCGUGCCCUGGCCGAGGCCGAGGCCAAGGCCGACGGCCUCGGGGCCGAUGGGUCCUUCCUCUCGCCCGGGGACAAGGACGAGCUGGAGGCCGAUGGCACCAGCAUCGGGCGCACUCCCUCGCUGGCCGGCACCGACGCCUCGUCGAUCAGCCGGCCGGCCAAGCGGUCGAUCGGGGCCCGGCUGGCGGGGGCCUUCCGUGCGCUGCAUGCGGCGGUCACCGGGUCCGCGGGCCAGCAGGCCGCCGGGGCCGACGGGGCCGAUGCCCUGGGCGCCGGGUCGGGGCCCACCCCGCCGGCGGAUUACGACCCGUUGGAGGGCCGCGGGCUCGGGGCCGUCGAUCGCAAGUAUCACGUUCUGCACAUCAAUGACUUCUCCUCGGCACGCAAGCGCAUGAGCGUGGUGAUUGAGCUCCCGCCGGAGGCCGGCCGACAUGCCUGCGGCGCGCCCCGGCGGGUGCUCUUCUGCAAGGGGGCCGACGAUACGAUCCUCUCGCGGUUGGCUCCCUUCGUGGCCGGGCCCGAGGGGGCCUUCCCCGGGCCGGGCCCCGGUGCGGGUGGGUCUUCCAUCGUGGCCGGCUCGGGCCCUGGCACGGGCGGCGGUGGUGCCCAGGUCACCGGCUGGGACACGGCCUCCGGGACACCGGCGGCCGAGAUCGCCGGCCGGCCGGCCGGCUUCUACGGCCUGUCGGAUGUGCUGCACACGCAGCGCGCCGUGGCGUCCACCCGGCGAGCGCUGAAUACCUUCGCUCGGUUGGGCCUGCGGACGCUGUGCAUCGCCUGGCGCGAGCUCUCCCCGGGGGAGUAUGCGCACUGGCGCAGCAACUACCUGGAUGGCAUCGAUGAUCUGGCCAAUCGCGACGAGGCGCUGGAGCGCGCGUCCGAUGCCAUCGAGAGGGAGCUCAUCUUGCUGGGGGCCACGGCCAUCGAGGAUCGCCUGCAGGCCGGCGUGCCGGAGUCCAUUGAGCUGCUGCUGCGCGCCGGCAUCCGCCUGUGGGUGCUGACCGGCGACAAGCAGGAGACCGCCAUCAACAUUGCGCACUCCUGCCGUCUGUUGAACUCGCAGACGGAGAUCAUCAUCACCCCCUCGCCGGCCUUGACCGUGGCCCCGCAAGUGUCGGCCAGUGCCACGGGCGACAGCAGCCCCACUGAGCCCUACGACACCCCGAACCGGUCGCUGGUCAUCGACGGGUCGGCCCUGCUGUACAUCAUGCGGGAGGAUGCGCAAGACCUGCGCGAUCGCUUCCUCGAUUUGGCAUUGCAGUGCCGCACCGUCAUCUGCUGCCGUGUGUCUCCCAUGCAGAAGGCCAACAUGGUGCAGCUGGUCCGCAAGCGGUCUUCCUCCAACACGCUGGCCAUCGGCGACGGCGCCAACGACGUGGCCAUGAUCCAGGCGGCCUCCAUCGGCGUGGGCGUCCACGGCGAGGAGGGCUCUCAGGCGGUUCGCGCUGCGGAUUACGCCGUCGGCCAGUUCCGCUUCCUGACGCGCCUGCUGCUGGUCCACGGCGCAUGGAGUUACCACCGGCAGAGUCUGCUGAUCCUUUACCAGUUCUUCAUCCAGGUGGUUUUCAACAUGCUGCUCUUCUUCUUCCAGUUCAUCAAUUCCCUUUCGAUGCAGACCAUGUACCAGGCCCUCCUUCACAUCUUCUUCUUCACGGUGUUCACCGGUCUGCCGGUCAUGUUGGCCGCCGUGCUGGACCGGCAUCUGUCGGCCAACCAGCUCCUCAGUCACCCGGAGGCAUAUCGGUCGCUGAAGAUCCGGCCCCUCUUCUCCAUGCGGGUCUUCUGGAUCCGGUCUCUCAUGGCCACCAUGGUGGCCGGGCUGCUCAUGCUGUUUUCCCUGGCAGCCGCCUCGCCGCAGCAUGUGUCCAUGAUGAGCUUCGGCGCGACGCUCUACACGCUGGUCAUGCUCACUGUGUCGGCGGUGUUGAUUGUUGACAUGACGCGCAUCACCUUGAUCAUUGUCCUGUCGCUGCUCGGGUCGCUGGCGGUCUUCAUCUUCCUGCAAUUCUACACCGGCGAGCUGCUCAACCUGUCCUCGGACUUCUAUGUCUAUUAUCGCAUCUAUCGGCAGCUGCUGACAGCGGACGCGCGCUCGUGGGUGGCCUUUUUGGCGGCCCCCACCACGGCGGCCCUGCUGCUGGUCACCGUCAAGUACUGGGGCAUUCAGCGCUUCCCGUCGGACAUCCAGAUCCUCAACGAGCUCAAGUGGGUCAAGCUGCAGGCCCGUCAGUGGGGCGUCAUCCGCGAUGGAGCCGGCAAGGUGUUCGGUCCUUUCACCCGCUGUGUGGAAGCCAUGCAGGAGCACUUCGCCGGCGGACCGGCCGGGCCGGAGGACAUGGAGCUGGGCGAUGUGUCAGCCGACAUGUCCGGUGGCAUGGCCCCCUUCGACUCGUUGUCCCCCUGGGAGGCAGCCGGGCGGAUGGCUCGCCGAGCGACGCCCUGCUGCUGGACAAGCCCGGCGCCGAGGACCCGGCGCCGGUGUCGCCGCAUGCGUCGGCCGGCGCGCCCGGCAGCGAGAAGGCCCCCAUGUCGUCGUUUGCCUUCUCCACGCCCGAGGGCGCCGAGGUCCCGCAAUCGGUCCUGGUGCGGCUGUAUGCCCAGCCGGCCAGCCGGUCGCGCAGCCGUGGCAUCUCCUCCUCGUCCGACCGGCGGAUCUUGCGCCGGCCUUUCCGCCGGCGUGGCCAGGUCGACGCCCUGGCAGCCGGGCCGGAUGCCGGCCCGCAGGCCGGUCUGGCCGCGGUAUUAA